CUGCCUGCAGCCCUGAGCUGUGGGAAGCUGGAGGGAUGGGUGGGCCGAGCUUGGCUGGAUCAGUCCCUGGACACUGCAGGAAGGUGCAAGCAGUGCAGGGAGGUGCUGCCAGGCUGCAGGCAGGGCUGUGGCAGUCUGGGAGCCCUUUUGUCCAGCAGCACCUGCUGCCUUCGGCCUGAGAGGGCACUGGGGGUGAGGAUGGAGUCACAUCCUUCCCGUGGGUCACAGCCUCCUCCUGUGCACUGCUGAAUCCCACAAGGAGCAGGGGCUGUUCCCAGCUGGGGAUGGUGGUGGGGGAUGCUGCACACAAGCACAGAGCAGCUGAUGCCGGGUGCUGCCCUCCCACUCCUCAUGCCCAGGCUGGCUCCCAGUUCAUCCGAGUGACGCUCCAGGGCCAGCAGGACCCGCUGAGGAACCAGACAGCUGUGGUGGACAAGGCCAGGGGCACUGUCACCUACUACGUCACCUCGCAGAGCAACCUGAGCGCCGUGGUGCUGUACGACAGCAGGAACGGCUACGUGUGCUACAAGGCGCUGGAGCAGCGAGCCUGCUACCUGAGGAGGAUGGAGCCCUGGGACCUGCACACCCUGCAGACGGCUCUCAACACCUCUGAGCACAGUGCUGAGCAGCUGCUACACCACAACAACCAGACCAAGUUCUACCGGGAGUUCCUGGGCAUCGUGGCAGGGGAGCAGGUGGAGCCCAGGGGCCUGGGGGAGGCUGUGCAGGCCCUGUGUGAGCACUCAUCCAUCUCCUGGGUGCGGAGAGGGCACGGGCCGGGGAGGCAGCGCCUCAUCUACCUGUGCAUUGACAUCUGCUUCCCCAACAACAUCUGUGUCUCCAUCUGCUUCUAUUACCUGCCUGAGUAAGUGCUGCAGCCACGGCCGCCCUCUCUGCCCUCAUACUUGAACUGGAUUCCUGAAAAGCCUCUAACUUCCACGAGGAAGGGAACACCUACAACAGCCCAGAGCUUCCUGCUGAUUCCGUGCUGCAGGUCAGGAGAGUUUAGAGAAACAGGAUCAGGAGAGCUUAGAGAAACAGGACGCCCCUGCUCAGCACAGUCAGUACAGACACUCUGCAGCUCUGCUCCAGGGCUUAGGGAUUAGGAGAGCCAGGCUAGAGGAAUCCCAGGAAGUAGCUGGAGUUUUGGGGCUCCAGGCUCUGUCAACACA